GAUUUUGUGUGCAGAGCCAGGCAGUGGCUUUCAAUUUGAUUAUCUGAACUUUGACUCCAUGAGAUUUGGUGCUACCCAGGCUCGCCGCCUUUCCACGGCUUCCUCAGUCACCAAACCCCCACACUUCAUUCUCACCACUGACUGGGUUUGGUAUUGGAUUGAUGAGUUUGGUUCUUGGCAGGAAUAUGGAAAACAAGGCACAGUGCACCCUGUGACCACUAUCAGCAGCAGUGACGUGGAGAAGGCCUACUUGGCAUUCUGCGCCCCAGGCUCUGAUGCCAAGGCAGCCACCUUGAAGUUCCAGGCCGGAAAGCACAGCUACGAGUUAGACUUCAAAGCCUUUGUUCAGAAAAACCUGGCCUAUGGCACCAUCAGAAAGGUUUGCCGCAGACCCAAAUACGUGUCUCCCCAGGAUGUGCAUCUGAAGCAAACCUGCAAUGUCAAGUUUCAAGGCCCAAAGAACAUCCCAGACUAUUGGGACCCCUCAGCCCUGCCAGACCCGGGCUUUAAGAGGAUCACCCUCAGUUCUUCCUCAGAAGAGUAUCAAAAAGUCUGGAACCUUUUCAAACGUACACUGCCUUUUUACUUUGUUCAGAAGAUCGAGCGAGUCCAGAACUUGGCCUUGUGGGAAGUCUACCAGUGGCAAAAAGGGCAGAUGCAGAAGCAAAAUGAUGGGAAGGAAGUGGAUGAGAGGCAGCUGUUCCAUGGCACCAGCACCAGUUUCGUGGAUGCCAUCUGCCAGCAAAACUUUGACUGGAGGGUCUGUGGUCUUCAUGGUACCUCCUAUGGCAAGGGGAGCUACUUUGCCCGAGAUGCUGCCUAUUCCCACCACUACAGCAAGUCCGACACACACUCCCAUUCCAUGUUCCUGGCCCGGGUGCUAGUGGGCGACUUCAUCAGGGGCAGUGCCGCCUUCGUCCGCCCUCCAGCCAAGGAAGGCCAGAGCAGUGCCUUCUACGAUAGCUGCGUGAACAGCAUGUCCGACCCAACCAUCUUCGUGGUCUUCGAGAAGCACCAGGUCUACCCUGAGUACCUCAUCCAGUACUCCACCACCUACAAGCCCCCAGCUGGGCCCUCCAUCCUGGUUGCCCUGGGCUCCCUGUUUGGCAGCCGGCAGUGAGCAUAGCUAGGAUGCUUCAGGCCUUUCCAGUUCGUUUGCCUUGGGAGAGCUGUUUGGGAUAGCUUUUUAAAAAUUAUUUUUAACAAAACUUUUAAUGAACUGUAGUUUAAUGUGGGGUUCUCAAUGAAGUUACAUUCUUAAUCCCUUGCUGAUAAUGGUUUUAGCUUUUAGGUCACUUUCGAGCUUCUCGUGGUCUCACCAGUAGUGAUUAUAGGUGAGCCCAGGUUUGUUUUUUUAAUAAUGUGUUAACGUUGUAUUUUUUACUCUUUGCUGACUUUGCUGCUUAUUGGCACCAGGCACAGAGUUUCUAGAUGCCAUUUUAUGGAUUUGUUUUAAUUAAGUCUGUCUCUGUAGUGAUUCCAUUUGGGGAUCUUGUGCCCACUGUUUUGCUUUUUGUCAGAGUGGCAUAGUAGCUACUGCAGCCAUGCAGGGAAGCACAGCCACCUGGCAGGAGACAUGGAGAAGUGCCCCACAGGAGUCCACGCUUUGCCUGUGAGUGCUCAUACCCACAUUCCUUAAGCACACUGGACACCCUCCGAAUGGGGGUCUUAUGAUCCCAGGACAUUGGAAACCUGUGCUGCAAGUGUCAGAUGAGAGUACAGAAAUAAAAGA